GUCGGCACUAUUGUAGUGGCAUGAAUACGAGGUCCUACCGGCCUUGGCGCAGCUGUUGCCUGACGUGAACAGGGAUGUUCAGUAGUAGAAGACUGAGGCAUGAAACAUCUAUAUAAAUGGUGUUAGAUAUGCCCUCUCAAGACAAUAACAAACAACUCUUCACGCCGGGUACUCACCAUGUCUGCACUUUCCAAAUCCAGCAACUUCGUCAAUUGUCUCUUCUUCGAGGACCAAGCCGAAGAGGCGGCGAAGUUCUAUACUUCCAUCUUUCCAAAUUCCUCCAUCGAUGAAACAACUCGCUUCCCAGAGGCAGGUACAGAGAUCCAUAAGCAGCCGGCCGGUUCCGUCAUGUUCGUUCUAUUCAGCCUCAACGGGCAACGUUUCACGGCCUUGAAUUCCAAACCUGCCGAAAUCCACUUUACCGAAGCAAUUAGCUUCCAGGUCAUGUGCGACGAUCAGGAGGAGAUCGAUCAUUACUGGAAUAAGUUGAGCGAAGGGGGCGACGAGACUGCUCAGAAAUGUGGUUGGUUGAAGGACAAGUAUGGUAUAUCGUGGCAGGUUGUUCCCAAGGACCUCAUGAAGCUCAUGAGCGGAGCUCCUCCAGAGAAUCGUUGGAAGGCAAUGCAGGCUUUCAUGAAAAUGACCAAAAUCAUUCUUCAAGAUGCCAUUGACGCCGUCGAAGGUAAAGAUGAGAAAGCCGCAGAGACCUGAUCCUGAAUGGGUGAAGCCCUGGCCAAGUUGGUGUUCUCAUCAGAUAGUAUUAAGGAUAGGUGAUUUUCUGUACGCUCGACAAAAUUGAUUACAUGACGUUGCA